CUAUCUGGGUCCCUCAGAUAUUAUAAUUUCUUUGCUAUUUUGAUGGAUGUAGUUAAUUUUUUGCUUGAUGUAACUAUUUUGUCCAUGCAUUCUGGGGUCUCUGUUUAGUGGGUAAGAAAUUAUUAGGUGCUUCUCACUCUCACUCUCUCCAAUGCUGUAUGCAAAAACAAUAUCUAUUUAUAUGCAAUUAGAGAUUUGAAGAUAGAUUUUUGGACCAUUUGGUUUAAGGAGGGGUGUGAGGUUUGGUUUUGAGUACCAUGAGAUCCAUAGAAGAUAAGGAGAUUUCUGGAGGCAGUAAUGCUAUAAGUUUUGAGUUUCACAAACAAAAUGGAGGAGCUAACCGCACUACUAGUACCACCACUGCUGCCUCUCAUCAUCACAGAACAUCUUUGGGGAAGUUACCAACACCAUCAAAAUGGGAUGAUGCACAGAAAUGGCUAGUGGGGUUGUCUAGAGGAGUGGACAAGACACAGUCCAAGACCAAACCCAGAAACUCAAAUGCAGAUGACUUGAGGCUCAUAGCUCCUGUGCCGCAGAAGGAGCAAGACUACUCGAGCGGCGAGGAUGGAGAAGAAAAUGGGGGUUCUGGUGCUGCAGUGGCUAAUCAUUAUGAUGUGGAGACGAAGAAGGUGGACUGUGAUGACUCGGUUUGGAGAAGCAACAAGCCCGUGAUGGAGAACCCAACUUCAGCUGCUGCAAUGAGAUCCAUAUGUUUGAGGGACAUGGGAACUGAAAUGACCCCAAUUGCAAGCCAAGAGCCUUCUAGAACCGGCACGCCACUCCGGGCUACAACUCCGGCUGCAAGGAGCCCGAUAUCAUCCGGAUCUUCGACUCCGGUGAGAGCAUGUCAGCAUGGGAUGCAAGGUAGCCAGCAGGGGUAUCAAGUUUCUAGUGAUAAUGGUAGAAGUAGUAGUACUACUACUCAUGAGAGCAUUCCUUGUGGGAGAGGGAGUGGUGGAAGCAAUAAAAGGUAUGUGGAGGAAUCAAAUGUAUGCAAGAACAGUAUGCCUGAGAAUCAAAACUCAGAUCAAGCUAGAAAGCCAAAUCCUCUAGAAACUAGAGCUAUGGCUUGGGAUGAGGCAGAACGCGCUAAAUACAUGGCAAGGUACAAGCGUGAAGAGGUAAAGAUCCAAGCUUGGGAGAACCAUGAAAAGAGGAAAGCUGAGAUGGAAAUGAGAAAAAUGGAGGUGAAGGCUGAGAGAAUGAAAGCUCGGGCGCAAGAGAAGUUAACGAACAAACUUGCUGCAACGAGAAGAAUAGCCGAAGAAAAGAGGGCUAAUGCAGAGGCCAAACUCAAUGAAAAAGCUUUGAAGACGUCAGAAAAGGCAGAUUACAUAAGGAGAACUGGUCAUUUGCCCUCUUCAUUCUCUUGCAAGAUGCCUUCACUUUGCUGGUAGACUUGUUAGCUAUCUGUAAUUCUGUAGUACAUGUAACAUCUCCUAGUUUUAUUUCUAUUUUUUAUUUUUUAACUACCCUUAUUUUCCUGCAAAUUACUGAUUAUGUAAGUGAAUCUGUGUAUCAACUUUGGAGUUUAUAAUCAUAUAUGUUAACGGUUUCACCAG